AAGGGUCUUCUGUAGAUGUAAGACGGCUAUCUGUCAUACUUGAUAAGACAUUUCAAACAUCCAGAGGUGUUCUGUGUAGCCUAGUGGAUGAAAUCGGCUCGCUAAGAACCGAAAAUCGACGAUUGAAAAUUCGACUCGCUCCACAGCCAUCGAGAUCUAAGAAUGUGGUCCAACGUGUGUCGGCAAUCUUUGACUCACAUACUAGUAUAUUCCCACGCCUACGACGUGCAGCCCAUGCCGAAAUCCGUACUGGAGCAAGGGAACGACUUUCGACACCGCCAAGGAAGGUUAGUAAGUACGCCAUAAAGAGCAGAAUAUGGUAUAGCCUAUCAAAACAACUGCAGCUGAGGCAGUCGGUGCGUCGUUGUGAUAUGUCGAUGUCAGAAUGCACAAGCCCGUCAUCAGCGUCGUCAAGCCGUGAUCCAAGCGAGCCCCCUCGUCCAGUAUCGUACUAUCCUGUUGAGGAUAGCGACGAUUCGGAUAAUCUACGAACGAAACGAAAAGCGACUUCCUUUUUAAACGUUCACAACAAAUUCGCUGAAAAUACCGAAAAUCUGUUACGUGUUGAACGUGAAACGAGGCUCAGACAUGAUAAGGAGAAUCUUCAAGCGGAAAUAGAAGAACUUAAGAUGCGUAAUCAACGUCUUGUCGAGCAGUUGCGAGAGAAAAGUGCUCAAUUCAGCAAGCUCCAAUUUCACGCUCAGAAACUCGACGAGCAGAUUGAAACUUUGACGCGGCGUUGCGCACUCAACUCCGCCCUGGAAAGAAUGACGCUUGAUGAACGCUUCGCAAGAGGUACACUGAUGACAAUGGAGAAGGUAAUAUUCAUGAAGGCAUUAACAAUGAACACUAUCGCACACGAACGAAGCGCUCAUCAGGCAUGUCUGGAUCGUUUAGAGGACCUACAAAGAGAAAACUUCGCUCUUAUGCAGAGCAGAUAUUUGGAAUCCGGUUGUGAUGAUAGCGUGUGGCAACGGAAAAUUGAUGCUUUGCCGGCAUAUGAAGCCCUGUACAGUUUUGCGCAGCACGCAGUUCGUAGGUAUUCCGAUCUCCGAUGGAUGUUAUUGGAAAGAGAGCGAGAAGCGAACAGGGCUGAACUCGACCUUAUUGCGGCUCAGUCGUCGUUGCUCGUCACACAUGCGCAGAAUGAACGGUUUCGAAUCAAGCUUGGAGAGAAGCGCCCGAAGCGUCCAGCAUCAUUCCACGGAGAAGACUUAUCAAACAGACUCCGUGAUAUGAACUUCUUCCUUCCAUUCAAAAUGCAAGGCUCUCGAGUAGAAAACUCCAGACGAAUCUUGAACAAGAAAUCGACCGAUCAGGAGAAGGACCUCGAGAGCGAAUUCUUUGCCAUAUUCGGUGCAGGGCGAAGUGAGGCUUUAGUUUCUCAUGUUGCGAUUGAUGAUCAAUGGUCAUUCAUAGAAAUCUUAAGAAGUGGUUGCGGUCCACUCUACGGAAAAGCACAGGGAUAUCACCUCGUCGAGGUGGAAGAACAACGCCGUUCUCGACGAUUCGAAGAGACUCGCCGAAGCAUCAAAGUCCGUCGCCAACCAAGUAUGGAAGGAUAUAGCCAAAGGUAG